GUAUAAUAUUAUUAUAAAUUAGUGCAAGUUUAUCACUUUCCCCUGCAAUGUAGGGCAACUAUACUACACUGCAAGAGAAGGUGUUCUUUUCUCAACAACCCCUAUAACUAUGCAGACGAAGAAACAAAUGGUUUCAUUCAGCUUCUCUUUACAUAAAAAUACAAACUGCUCGUUUAUAAAUAAAUAUCACACCUCAUUUUUAUCUACCUUUUUCAUAGAAUAUCUUCUUGCUCCAUCCUUCUCCAUAGAUUCAGUGACAGGCCAGAGGAACCCAUUUCUUCUAUCUUUGUUAUUAGCGGUAAAUAAGAACGCCUAAUGUCACAUGGAAUUCAAUCUCCGAAGAACUCGUGGUGGUCUCCGCUGCUCCACUACUGGAAUCAGGUUCUCCAUGA